CCCGGCCGAGCCAUUGCAUCUUGCCCUGCUCCUCCUCUCUCUCCCAGGGAAUCUAUUUCUCUUGGCCUGGCUGCCACUUCCAUGUUCUACCUUUUGUCCAGGAAAACCGAAGCCUGGGAAGUGCCCGGAGUAUCUGAGCGAUCACCAUGCGCACGGAGACUACUGCUCUCAAGACGCCAGUUGCCCAGGAAGCCAGAAAUGCUGCAGAACCCGCUUUGGAAUGCAGUGUCUGCUUCCUGACAGAGUCUUCAGUGGCUACUGCCCCGUGGUGUCUCUGUACCCUGGCCGGGUCACCAGCAGCAAGUCCGAAUGCAGGGAUGACUACGAUUGUAUUGGGUCCUUGCCCAGGAGGAAGUGCUGCAGUUUCGGAUGCUGGAAGACAUGCAUGGAAGCCGUCGAAGAACAUCCCAGCGUGUGCCUUGAGGCCAGUGGUGCAAACCCAACCAUGCAUGCAAAAAAUACCUGCAAAGAUCGACCGACGAGUGCCCCCCUGACCCCAGAAGUGCUGCUUCAAUGGCUGCAGCCAUGGCCUGCCCUGGACUCCAGUGCUAUUUGGCGGUUACCGAUUACCGCCGGAAGCUGGACCUUGUAAAGGUGCCAUGACACGUUACUACUACAACCCCGAGGAAGAGGAGUGCUUGAAGUUCACCUACAGCGGCUGUAAGGGCAACAGCAACAACUUUGAGACCGAGGAAGAAUGCGAGGAGGCCUGUGAGGAGAUCAGCUCAGAGGUUUGCAAGAAGCCCCCACAAUCAGGUAAAUGUCUGGCAUACUAUGAACGCUACUACUACAACUCAACCACCCAUUCCUGCGAGAUGUUUGUUUAUGGGGGCUGCGAAGGAAACAACAAUCGAUUUCAUACCAAACUGGAGUGCCUGAUGGUCUGUGGAAAGUCAGGAAAAUGCAAAAUAUACUGAGAUACCCGCUACGCUUGUCCAGAGUUCCCAGGAAGGGACACCAACACGGUGCAACCCCCUCCCCCCCCCCCAUUUGACCAGGAUCUUGGAAGGCGGCUGGUGCAAUAGCCCACAAUAAAGGCAUGCUUCUCUGAGUCAAUUUAUUUUUUUAAUUCAUAUUUAAUUGUAUUUAAUAAUAACAUAAUUAUGGACAGUAAUGAAAUUCCAUAUCUUUGUAACAAAUCAUAGAUUGCUGGUAUAAAUUGGCAUAAAUGUGUGUAUAGAUAAAUCAGAGAAUCAGAUAACAUUUUUACCUAACAAUACAUUACAGAGAUAGAAAAUUUAGAAGAUUAUCAAGAAAGUUUCAUA